AUGCACGGAGGUUUUUUUCAACGAUUGGGAUGGAUAUUUUGGUGGUUUAUGGGUAUCCUAUGGGAAAUUGUUGCUGGCGUACUUGAUAUUCCUCUGGGUUCGCUGACCCACUCGGCCUUGGAAAAAAGAGCCGCUGUAGCCAAGACAUAUUCUGAGUGGAUAGUUAUAGCCCGUCAAUUAGAUGAAAUAGAAGGUUUUCAAGAGUGGCGUCUUAAAGAUGAACCACGAUAUAUGAAUGUUGAAGGUCUAGUUGAUCGUAUUCAACUACUAGCAGAUGUUAAAAAGAGAGGUGAUACAGCGACACUUUUGAGUGUCCUUUCUACUGGACUUCAACGUUCUGUUUAUGGUAUAAUGAACCCUAAUCUUUAUAUGUACCGUUCAGGAACAAAGGCAGUUAUUGAAGCAUAUAAUUCAUUAUUAGUUUUCCUUAUUCGAAGUCUCGCUCAUGAUACUUCUUUGAGUCCUCGUAAAAAGUAUGAUACAUUAGUAGAGGUGACACGUGUAUACGGUAGUACAGCUCUGGUUUUUAACGGAGGUAUUGUAUUUGGACCAUUUCACAUGGGUGUUGCUGAGGCACUUUGGAAAGCUGAUUUGUUACCUCGUUUUUUCUAUGGAGAACGAACCGGUGCAGUGGUAGCAGCUCUCUUGUGUUGUAAAAAGGACUUGACAGAUGUAUUCGACCUAAAUGUUAUUGAUUUCUGCGCUUUUAAAGGCAAAAGUACUGAUUCAUUUGCUCGACGCUGGCGUCGUUUUUGGAAAGAAUCUCAUUUUAUGGAUAUAGGUAUUCUUGUAGAAUUUAUGAAAUCUAACAUAGGUGAGUUAACGUUUCUUGAGGCAUAUCAACUAACUGGACGAGUACUUAAUAUUGAGUACACACCUGAAGGGGGUGAUGUAAGUGGUACUACUGCUCCACCUUUAAGACUACUUAACUACUUAACAGCCCCUAACGUUCUUGUCUACAGUGCAGCAGCAGCUUCUUUCGGUUCUGUUCCUCUUAUAUUUCAACGCUAUCCUCUAAUGGCAAAAGAUCUCAAUGGGGAUAUUGUACGAUAUGAUCCACCUGUAAUGGGGGCUAUAGGUAAAAGACCCGAUGGGAAAAUUGAUGGACUUAAACGAAUGCGUGAACUUUUUCAUAUUAAUUGUUUUAUUGUCUCAGAAUGUUCAGCUACUCGGUUACCAUUUUUACGACUUGUUGAUCGCACCUCUUUGGUAGCUCGUCUGGGUCAUGCUGUUUCAGAAGAGUGGUGGCGUUUUGCUUCGUAUUUAGUUUCUUUUACACCACUCCAAAAAUUUGUAUGGGUAUUUUUCUCUAACGAUAAUCUUGACUCUGAUGAUGUGAUCAAAUUGUUUCCUGCUUCCUCAUGGUCAGAUAUCUUUGGGAUUUUCCAUCCAACAACAAUUAAAAUUGUACAGCAAUAUAUCUUACGUGGUGAGAGGCAUGUUUGGCCGAGCCUUGAGCGAAUACGAGAACACGUUGCUGCGGAGUUAGCGUUGUACGAUGUUCUAAAUGAACUACGUCAAAUGGAUACAUCGAUUUCUUUGGAAAAUGAGAACUCUUACGUGUGGUAA